ACGGCAUUGAGAAAAAAGAUAUCUGGUCAGUGCAUGAGCAAUAAAUAAUUUAUGCAAAUUCCUAUUGUUGCAUCUCCCUUUACAUUCUGGGUUAGCUAUUACUGUUAGAUAUAGCUAUUAUAUGUAUAUUGUUUAAUCUGGUUGUCCCUGCUUUAAUUGAUCUGUAGCGUCUGCCUGACCUUUAAAACAGAGUGUGACUCGGGUGAUUUUAUCAUGUUUUAGGCUUUUUGCAGACUGAGGGGAACUGUGAAGAUCUUCAAAUAUUAAUCUGGUAUUAGUAUGCAACCCAGGGUUAACAAAGAUAGAUCCUUGAGUAACUGAGAGGCACCGUUAACUACGGAAAUUUAACAUCCAGGUUUUGUUUAGGUCCUAACUUAUUUAGUUUGUUGUUUUGGUUCAAUACUCUUUUCAAAAUGUUACAUUGAGCAACUACACAGACAGCCGCUUUUCUGGUUUGGCUGAGUGGUUGCUUUUCUUUACCAACUACAAACUUUAUUCCAAGUUCUUGACUCAGUCCUUCAUUGUAUGUGUAAAUCAGUGAGAGAGAUAACAGUGUGUGUCACUUUAAGAGUGAGUCUCCGGGUGGCUUCUUGAUAUUAAUAGAGCCGCUGUGUCUUCCUCCUCUGACGUAAUGCCUACAGAGAGACAGGCGGAGAGCUCCUGUCACAGCAAAGCGAUAACACUAGUCUGAAAGAAAAGAACAGAAAAAAAAAAGAUAACGAGCUGACCUGCUUUGGUUUGCUGUGGUCACCAACUUCAUGAAUAACAAACUAACUAUAGCGUCGGGAAUGUACCAGCACCCGAGCCAAACUCACCCACUAAUCAGUCGGUAUUAGCCUAGUUUAUGUGCUGCAGCGAAGCCUUUAACUAUCUCGCUUUCCCCCCUCUCUGACCAGAGAAAAAAAGAGACAGCCAAGACACAGUCACCCCGUCCGACAUCAUCAACAAACAAAAAAAAAAAAAAAAAAAAAAAAAGCCCACAAAGAGACGAACCAGCCAGCCAGCCACCAUCUUUACAGGCUGCUGAAAGAGACACACUCGUGAGAGAAAAGAGGCUCAUGCUUAUUUUGAUCAACAGGUUAAGACAACAGUUGUGAUUGAAGACCAAAAAUAAGAUGUCAGGAUAGCAGGGCAGCAUUUGUCACCCAGACUUGAGCUGAUCAGAAUCAAAGGCUGUGAUGGCACAGAGUUAAGGAGAAGUGGUGCUGCAGCUCUUGACCAAACGUAGCCGAUGGUUCUCCCAGUGGAGGACCUUUUUAUACACAAGGCAAAGAAGCUAAGCCUUUUCUACUCUGACAAUCGAGGACCUGUGAGGACUCACGUGGACCUAUUGAGAUGGAGGGAUACUAGUUUGGGUCCGACACCUGGUUUCUGCUUUCCAUUCCUUCGUUUUGGAGUAACAGAGGAACUGCGCAGGCGAGACGGACCAGUGUAAUCAAGCUGGUUGAACGAAACUGAUGCCAAAGCCAGGAGUCAGCCAUGAUGUUUUUAUAACCUGAUGAUCAGCACAGAGAUGGUGAGGAAGAAGAAUCCCCCUAUCCGGAGUGUUGGAGGUGAGGAGGAAGAGGAAGAAGAGGGGAUGAAGCCAACAGGAGAGGAAGAAGAUGAAGGAGAUGAGGAGGAGAGAGUGGCAGCGGAAGCAGAUCGGAUAAACCGACCCUCAGAACCAGAGUCGUCUGAACGGAUCAGAGCAAACGAGGAGCGAGAGGAGGAGGAUGAAGGAGACAGUGAGUGCAUCUCCUCCACCGGUGAGCUCAACAUUAAUGAGGAGCAAGGGGGGAGGUCUGCAGGCGGAGGGGAGAGGGCAAAACACGUAUUAGCGGCACAGUGUUUGAGACCUGAAAGCCAGUCGGAAGCCGAAGACAGGGAGAGGGGAGUUGAAGGGGGGAAAGCUGACCACCUCUCUCCUCCUCUCCCUUCAGCAGCUCGGCUCCUUCCAAGGCAGGAAGGCAGGGAGGAGUCGACAAAUGACACCCCGCCACUUUCGUCCAGCCCUUCUCCUAAACUCCAGGACUUCAAGUGCAAUGUGUGUGGUUACGGCUACUAUGGCAACGACCCCACUGACCUGGUGAAGCACUUUAGGAAGUAUCACCUGGGUCUGCACAACCGUACACGACAGGAUGCUGCGCUUGACACCCAGAUCCUGGCCCUUCACAACAUGGCCCCCCAGCAUACAAACCUAGAUUUACAAACAGGACAGGGACCGAGAAGUCAAACCAAAGAAUUGGGAAAGACAAGAGCAGAUGGACAGAAUCAGCAGCAGAGGACGGUUAUGAUGAAUGGAACGUACGACGUACAGGUGACAGUGGGCGGCACCCUGAUCGGGAUUGGCCGCAAGACAUCUGACUGCCAAGGAAACACUAAGUACUUCCGCUGCAAAUUCUGUAACUUUACGUACAUGGGCAGCAAUUCCUUGGAACUUGAACACCAUUUUUUGUCCUCACAUCCUAACAAAGUCAAAUCUCCCCCAUCCACACCCCUGCUGGCCACCAAUAACCUGGCGACGCAUGACAGCCAGCUGAAAAGGAGGAUUACGAUGUUAGACGCCGCCGAGCAGGUGGCAGUGCGAGCCGAAGAUGACUCCGUGGUUGGGUACUUCAUCCCGGUUAGGGAGGGUUCUGACUCGUCGGGCUGGACGGGGGAGGCUGGUCGAGGAGCUGUACAGGCGUGUUAUUGUUGCAAACUAUGCAGCUGGAGUUGCGAGUGGUCGGAGGGUUCAGCAAAGCUUUUAGAGCACUAUGAACAAAGGCAUAGAGGUGCUGCAGGUGGAGCUAUAAGCCCUAAUAGCUCUGGUCUCGCUGGGAUGGACAGAGAGAGGGAGAAAGGAGGAAGAAGAGAAAGAGGAGGGCAAGAUCAUGUCGCAUCGAAAAGCUGUAAAGAUCACUUCACCACCAGCAAAGGAGACCCAAAAAGCGGUGAUUCGGAAGCAGUCGUGACCAGCUAUAACUGCCAGUUGUGUGAUUUCCGUUACUCGAUGGCCCACAGUGCGGAUGUGAUCAUCGUAGCUCCGUUGCUGCUGCAUUACCAGCACAACCACUCAAUCCACCGCUGCUGCAUUCAGCACUGCAUGUACUGUCCUCAGGGGUUAUGUCAGCCCCAGAAACACCUGGGAGAGGUAUCCCACCCAUUUGCUUGUCGGAAACCAACCUGUCCUAAAUGCUGUUCAAAGUUCCCUCAGCCCACCAUGCAGCAGGACCCCAUCGGUUUAAAACCCGCUGUUGCCACCUCACCCAGCGUGACCCCUCCUAACCGGAGAGGUGACCCCAGUGUGAUUUCUAGUUCCACCUUUCACCCUUCUAACUCUGCACAUCCUGUUGUUGCACAAGGUGUCACUCACUUGUGCGACCAGUGUGCGUUUGCCACCACCGACAUUGAUGUGUUGCUGCAACACUAUGAGAGCUGUCACAACCUGAUCAACUUAAAGGGGGCACCUCCACUAGUCAAAGCUGAGGAGGAGGCCGGGGGAGACAAGGAUGGAGGGAGAGGAGGAGCAGUAGAGAGUAAGAGCUCUUGCACAAAGUGUAACUUUGUCACACAAGUGGAAGAAGAGCUUUUUAGACACUACAGGCGUGUUCAUGCAUGUUGCCGCUGCCGACACUGCGACUUUACAGCUCCUGAUUCGUCGGCCCUCCUCGACCAUUUUAAUUCUGCCCACUGUCAAGACUCCUCUCCAUCAUUAGACUCCCUGCCCUCCUCAAUGACACCUUCUCUGGCGCUCUCGGCCAAUGGCUGCUCAGCUCCCUCUACUUUAUCCAUUAAAGAGGAGAGCAAAGGGGAUCUACGCCUCCUCUACUCUCUGGCGCCGCCUGAGGGACGGCUGGCGGAGGGAGGCAGGGAGGAGGGCGGCGGUGUGGUGAAAAGCGAAGGAGUGGAGGGGAAAGAAAGAGAACGAGAGAAGGGUUGGGUUCUCGGGGAGUCAAGAGGACCAGGAGAAAGAGGAGGUGAGCAGGCCCACGGAUUACUCUGGAUACCCAAGGAGCGAAUGGGGCCCGAAAGAGGAGCGGAAAGAGGAGCAGGAGGUGGGAGCCCCUCUCUUUUCCCCUCCCCGCUCUCCCUCUCUUUCGUUUCAGCCAAUCACGAGGGCUCACAGCAAAAGAGAGGCGUGGCUUUGUCUGGCAUGGUUUACCUGGGAGACACCAAGUCGUUUUUGGGAGAUACCAAGUCGUUUUUGGGAGGAGGGAGACCAGGAGGAGCUACUGCAGGUGGAGGAGGAGGUGAGAAGCAGAGCCAGAUACCCUCACAACCGUGUCCAGGUGGAGGAAGCGGGAGUGGAGGUGCAGGAGUUCAGGAGGGGAAAGGAGGAGCCACAAAGGAAGAAUCCCAGUCUCUGCUAAGACGACGCAGAGGUAGUGGGGUUUUCUGUGCAAACUGUCUGACCACCAAGACGUCACUGUGGAGGAAAAAUGCUAAUGGUGGCUACGUCUGCAAUGCAUGCGGUUUAUACCAAAAACUGCAUUCGACUCCCAGGCCCCUGAACAUCAUCAAGCAAAACAAUGGUGAGCAAAUCAUCCGACGGCGAACCCGAAAACGCCUCAAUCCCGAUACAUUAUCGUCUGAGAACCCAGCCCCAAAGCAGCAGCGAAUCACCAGUGAGGAGCGCCUGAACGGCGAGGAGUCAGACAGCAGGAGCUGUCCAUCAGUGAAAAACCAGCAGCCUUCCCCACGCUCACGCUCUCCGCGGUCCACUCAAGCCUUUUUAGCCAAUCAGACGCUAGAGAUCCACAGGCGCAUGCCUCCCCUCCUCCUUCCCUCUCACCCCACCUCAGCCAUGGUGGCCGAGAGCAAUGGGGGCAUCGCAGAUGGGGGAUUAACGUCAAAACUAGAAGCGGGGAAAGGAGGAGGAUCAGAGAGAGGAAGUCCGAUUGAAAAGUACAUGCGUCCAUCUAAACCCUCUAGUUACUCCCCUCCAGGUUCGCCGAUAGAAAAAUAUCAAUAUCCACUUUUCCCAUUACCUCUUCCUUUGACCCUGUCACCUGAUUUGACACCUGAAACUGAUUGGCUCAGAUUCUGGACCAAGUAUAAGAUGGCAGCCACCUCUGGGGUCCCUGGUAGCAUCAGUAAUCUGAGCAGCCCUGGUGGGCUGGCAACCAACUCCCACCAACUCGGAACCAUGGUGACCCCUGUACAGUAUCACCAGCAAAGCUACACGGUGCCUUACUGUGCUUCCCCUUACUCCCCUCUCCCACCUCCUCCAGCCCCUGUUCACUACCCCCCUCCUCCUCAUCACGCUCAAACCUCAUCCUCAGCGUCACCGGAGAACAACACUCCUUUGGAUCUCGCAAUAAGACAACGAGAUUCGAACACCACAAACACGCAUGUGUCAAAUGGUUCUGAAAGGAAAAGGCAGGAGUCACCCCAGAGCGAGACAUCGAUGAGAAACUGGAAACGUGAGAAGGAGGGCGAAGAGAUGGAGGAGGAAGGAAAUUGUAAGUCAAACUGCUCAAAGGUGGAUGCGGCCACCCAGGACGACAUCGCAAACCGCUGCACUCACUGCGGCAUCUACUUCCUGGAUGAGGUCAUGUACGCUCUGCACAUGAGCUGCCAUGGCGACAAGGAACCAUACCAGUGCGGGUUUUGCCUCCACGUAUGCUCGGACCGCUAUGACUUCACCACUCACAUACAGAGGGGCUUACACAAAACACUGCCACCACCACAGCAGCAGCAGAAGGGUCACGCACCAGACGGCGAAACUCUGCAUGUAACGGCAGCAUCUGAGUGUCGAAGCCUGACAGCUGGGCAGAAAGCUGGAGGAAUCACAAGCAAAGAUGAUGAAGUCAUGAGAACAGGUCAUGAUGACCAAGAAAAGGAAGAUACAGACAGUGAAAGUAUACCAGAGGCUGAAGAAGAGCAAGAAAGAAGUAAGGAAUUAUGUGGGAAAAUAGUGUUGGAUGAUCAAAGAUCUACAGAGUUCACAACUUUGGCAGAGUCUAAGAAGUUAGACGGGCUCACCGAUGGAAAUUAAACAACUCACACAAAACUUUAAUAACUUGUUAUUGGAGUAUUAGGCGCUAUGCUUGCUAUGAGGUUUGCUCAUUUCCUAAUGGGUAUACCUUAGAAAGCACUGCCAGUGUCAAAGGCCCAGAGAAAAUCAUUGCAGGACCCAGGUGAACUACAGCCAGGGCUGUAGGGAGAAACAGCCUGAAUCCUUCGCUGAGUUACAACUUACCUGACAGCUUUGUGGCAGGGAGUGAGCAGGGUGCUGGCAUACAGCUGAAAUCACCUUUCAGAAACAGCCGAUCUGUGCACCUUCAUACAGGAGGAUUGGAGGCUGAACUAACAUAGCCAUUAAAAUACAAGAGAAGUAUAACACUUGAACUUUGCUGCAUUGAUUUCAUUUGCUGCAUUCACCAUUUUUAUUUCAGCACAACCAGAUCUGAUCUGGUUAGGACUGCUGCACUCUUGCCCAGAACGUGUAUUUUUUCCUCUCAAAUGGAUUAAAAACCAAAAAAAAAAAAAACUUUUUUUGAGAUUUUCAAACUGGUUUGCUUGAAACCAGCUAGGGCUCGUUUGUGGUUCAGUUGGUACGGAUUUGAUCAGUUUCUUUCACUUUAUCCCAUGCUGUUUCUCAAACUGAUCCUGGAUCAAUGCAAAAUCAAGACAGUGGCUGAAGACCAUUCCUAACCCUUUUUGAAACUGCUUGAAUCCAGGUCAAACUGAUAUAACUGGUCUAAAGUGUUCUCUUCAUCCACUUGGAUGAAAAAAAACUAAAUAAAUGACUUUAUUUUUUACCUUCCUCUGUGCCAUGAUACUAGCUAUGUGCCUGGCUGCCUGCCUAAAUAGAACAACCAUUUAUUAACCUGCUUGACAUUUACAUUUAUGAUAUGAAUAAUAAUAAUAAUGGUAAUAAUAAGAAGAACCAUGAUGGCGUAAUUAAACAAAAAUGCAAUUUGCUACGUUUUCUUAUUUGUUGUUUUGUAAAGGUACAAAAAAGGCUUUUUAAAGGACAUGGUACUAUAAAAAUUAGUCUGUUUUAGUUCUUUUGUCUUUGUGCGUUUAAUGAGAUUUGUUACAUUGAUAAAAGCCGUUUAACAAAAACAAAUGGUACAAUAACAGAGGGGGUUGUGUGCGCACGUGUGCAUUUGUGUUAUUGCAUUUACAGUGUGUGUAUGUGUGAGGAUCGAAGGGUUUUGUCCGUCCCUAAACGGCGAUGUAAACAUAAUGAAUGCUAACGCUCAGUUUCUCAGUCCUCAGGGGUCACACGUGCACACCAACCUGCCUUCAUCACAGCAUCAGUUGUACACGUCAAAGGGUCAGUCGGAUAAGUGUUACAUCCAGCAUGUUACGUCUUGUUUUCCUUUGCUCUUCUAUAUAUGUUCAUAUUGAGGUAAAGUGUUUGUUGUUUUUUUUUAGGUUUGUAACUUUUAGUUUGUCUACAUGUGUGUAAGUCACAAGUGUAUUAGAGAGACUUCAGAAAUUAGGGAGCAAAACCCAACAUUUGUCAAAAUGAUCAACUGUUUGGGUCAACUGUAAAAACUAGUCUUAAGAGAUUCUUGCCUACAGUGUUUUAUGUCUUAUUGCUCAGAGUUAAAUAAGUUACCUUUGUGCAGCAUGUUAGCAUCUUCAUAAAUCUGGGUCAUCUGUUGCCUUUGUAAUGGAUGGAAACUUGCAUUUUUUUUUUUUACCUUAAAUAAUACAGAAAACCUUAAUAAGAAAAUAAGUAUAAUUAACCUUUUACUUUAAAAUUCUGAAGUUUAGAAAAAGUUCUCUUUUUUGUUUUUCCUGAGUCCCCACAAGCAUUUUAAUGGUGGUUAUCUUGCCUGUUGUCAAAACAUAUAGACUUUUUCAGCCUCGCUGCCUUAGAUGCUAGAAAACAAAAGAAAAGAGACUCCUUUGCCGGAAAUCAAAGAUAGAAAGGAACAUGAUGAGAAUAAGAAAAUAAAUAUUUUUUUAUAUUUAUCCAAAAAUGAAAAAAAAAAAAAAAAUUCACUUAGUGCCUGCAAACUCGUGCUUUUCUUUUAAAAGACAUAAAGUCUUUGGAUUUCUCAAUAAUUGCCACGGGCCGGUUUUGGGCUCAAGGUAAAACACAGGAUUAAAACGUUAUGACAUUCUGUGUCAUAACGUUCCCACAGUUUUCUCCAGUUGCAUGAAUACAAAGUAGCUCAAAGCCUCCCCCACCAGUUUCUGUGAGCUGUCUGUCAGCUGUGUACAGGUACAUCUAAAUAAGUUAUGAUUUGGAAAGGUUAAUUUAUUUUAGCAAUCCAAAUCAAAAAGUGAAACUCAUUACACAAAGAGUGAUAUAAACAUCAGUUUUUUCAUUUCUGUUAUUUUUGAUGAUGGCGUUCAGCUAAUAAAAACACAUAAUUCAGUUGCUACACAAAUUUGAAUAUUAUGAAACCAAAAAAAUUUUAUUAAAAGCCAAAAGUUAUGAUGUGGCCAUAUUAUUUCCUAUACAAACAAUUGUAAAACUGCUAACUUGACAGGUGUCCAUCAGGUCAUCAUUAACACCCUCCACAGGGAGGGGAGGCUACAAAAUGUCUUUCCUCAACAACUAGUCCAGUAUCUAAGUAUUUUAACUGAAAGUUGGAUGGAAAGAAAACAUGUGGGAGCAAAAGGUGCACAAGCAAUAGGAAUAACUGCAUGCAUGCUAACUGUCUGAUUGUGUCAUAAACAAAGACAAAGUCAGUAACUUUUUAUGGUAGUAAAAUACACAGAAUGUUAUGGCUCAUAUACCAUAGAAGUAACAGCCAUCAGUCUUUUAAAGAUAAUACUGUUUUGAAACAAAGAUUUGCAACAAGCGAAUCAACUUAGCAUCCAUGCUGGUGACAUACAGGCUAGCAGGCUACAGAUAACAUGUUUAAUUAAGUAGCUGACAUCAACUUGUCAGGUUCAGAACUUAAAUUUACAAAAAGUAUAUUGACAGAAAAGAUCAAAGUAAAUAUAAUUUAUAGUUCAAAGAGGAGUGUUCCCUUCUCUCCAGCAAUGUUUGUGAGCUGUCAGUCAGCUGUGUCCUAGAUUUAAUGACAAAGUCAAACAUUUUACUUACUCUCAAAGUAGUGGUAAGGUUUUCCUUUCACUUCAAUUUAAAAUUGGUACUAGAGAUCCGAAUAAAGAACUUAGUAAAUUAAAAAAUCUAGAUUUUACAAAACAGCCUGCCGGUCAUCUGGUAUUUUAGCCUGAAACUGACAAUACAUUUUAUUAUAAAACUUACCACGAAAUUAAGACCCCAGUCCUUAUAAGAGAUAGGGUUAGGGUACUGAAUUCAUAAUGUUUUUACUCAAGGUUAUUCAGUCAUGAGAAUCUCCUCCUGGCCCGUGGCAACUGUGUAAAAAUGUAAGUAAUGUCUAAGAAGACAGAAUGUGUAUGAAGACAUUAUUGAUACUGGCUACCAUGCAACAGGUGUUUGAUUCCUUUAUAACAGUGUUUUUAGUGUCUGUUCAAACUUUUAAUUUUUAGCCUCUAAAGAAGGAAUGAUGCCUCUCUCUGCAAUGAUGUACUAACAAACUUGUCGGUUUAUUUUUCAAGUAUGUACACUACCUUAUAGAAAUUAUGAGCCAUACACCUCAGAGAAGAGUUUGCCAGUGUUUUGAGCUUCAGUGACAUUACAUUUUGUGUAAGUGGUAAUUUGUUUAAUAACAAAUAAGAAUACAACUGUGUAUAAUACCUUCAAUGAAAUUGGCUUAAAAUUAUGACCAACACUGAAUUUUAUGUUGAAACUGAAAGCUAUGGUUAUCAUAGAGAAAUUCUUUGAAUUGUACAAUUUUGACAAGUAAUUUAUACAUUUAUGAGACAAGGGAGAAUAAAAUAAUUAGUUAAAGGCUAAAAAAUAAAUCUUUGCAUUCAGAAUAUUUGUUAAAUUUCCUACUAUUUGAUCUGUAGGUAGAUUGGUUAAACCGUUACUAAUAAAACAGCUUUGCUUCCAACGUCAAGCUGCAGGCUGUUGGUACGAUAUAAUUACUGAGAUAGUUAAAGCCUGGGCUCAGAAGCCCUUUAUUAUCCUGUUGCCCAUAUCAAAAGUGAAGACAUUUUAUCUCAUUUUGCUGCAUUAUUUAAAAUUACCUUUAAUCUAAAUUGUACUUAGGAUGAAAAGUUUGGGUAUGUUCAGCAAACUUAUAUUCUUCAAACUUACAUCAUUCAAACUUAAAUGCCAAUAUUAUUGGCAAUAUCUCGUCUUAUUUUUUAUUUUGAAGUUAAAACCUUCGAUCUGUUAAGGGGCUUCUAGUAUGUAAAAAAUGUUUACAUCCUUAUUUGUAGCAAAACAAAACAAACAAUGCACUGUUUUCCAAGACAAUAAAGGAAUGGAUGGUAGGUGCUGGCUGAGAUGGAAGGAUAGGGGCAUUUGAAGAAUCUGUGGGAGAAAAUGAAAAUGUUUUCUUUGGUUUGUUCUUUAACUGUAUUUCAGCAUUAAGUCUAUCGUUUUCAUGUAUUGAUUUGAAUGUAGGUGUCACUGUACAUCUCAGUCCUCGGCUUAUCAUCUGUUCUAUAACCUUCCCUCUCUCACGUUUUUCAAGGUUUUCAGUCAGAGACUCAUGCUGUGUUCAAAAUGUUCACUCAUUUACUGACUGACUCAUGCUUAGUUUAACUGGAAAAAUAAAGAUUUCAUACCUUUAUAGUUUUGGCUUUUGAGUACCAGAUUUCUGGGUACAAAAUAGAGUAGUUUCCUACUGACCACACAUCACUUCAUAUCCACCUGAUGAGUAUUUUAUACCUGUAUUGACAGAUAGGCUGUCUAUCAAUAGAUCAUAAAGACAUUUUCAAAAUUUUUGCCUAUGUUAAAAUGUACAAAGCAGUAUUUUUAUUAUUAACUUAUUGUAUGAAUAUUUAUCGCCAUAACUACACAAAACGACCAACCCUGCAAAAGAAAAAUAUUAAGCCAUCUUUAAUAUAUUUAUUGCAUACUGACAACAUUUUGAAAAUGUGUAAGUUUACGUAUAAGUAAAUAACUAAAUCCACCGACUCACGAUGACAAGGAGACACACCCUUUAAAGUUGAGAAAUCUGGUGAAUUACUGUUGAUGUUCAACAAGUCUGAACAGCACAGUAAUUAGCUGUAGGCGUUAACAUGAAGCCAGCUGUUACAGUUAGUAGGAUAACGUUAGACUUAAGCUAAUCAUUGGUGUUAGCAUGCUAACAUUAAUCUUGAACCAUUACUUUUAGCAUGCUAACAUUAGUGCUGACACAGCCAUUAGCACUAGUAGUCUAACAUUAGUGUUGACAUAAUCAUUCGUGUUAGCAUGCUAACAUUAGUGUUGAACUAACCAUUGGUGUUAUCAUAUUAACUUUAAUGUUGGCCCAACAAUGGUUGGGCCAAGAUUAAAGUUAACUAAUGUUAUGGCAUGCUAUCAUCGUAAGUGAACUAUCAUUAGUAAAAGCAUGCAAAUGAUUUGUUUUGGCCACACUCCAUAGCAAUACAUUUUUUUAAAUAGUUUUUUUCCUUAAUCUAGUGACUGGUCCUGGAUUCGGGAUUCGAAUUUUACGUUAAUGACCUAAAAGCCUCCGUAUAUGAAGCGCAAGAUAUACUGCAAUGCCGCGCGGCUCCCCAUAAAUGUUUAUUUUACUAAUCAGGUGUACUUCCCUAUUACUGUCUUGAAUAAAAUCUAGUUCACAAGUAGUGCUCUUUAAAAUGACGUACUUAGAAUGAACUAUAGUGAAAGAGUGGGCAAUUUGAACACAGAAAUACCUACUCAAGAUUUUACAUGCUGACCUAUCUAGUUAAUUUAAGCAUUUUAUAGAUGACCUGAAUAGGGCUCUGGUUGGUUCAAAGCUAAAUGCUGGAUUUUGUAGUAAAUGUUAAGAUGGUUUAUAUCAAGGGGACUGACAUUAAACAGGGAUACAGCAUAAGCUUUUAGCUGUAAGAUUUUAUUUUAAAUAUCUUUUAUGGGAUUCUUAGAAACCUAGAGGGGAAUGAAUUUUUGUGUUGUUUUUGCUAAAUUCACAUUUGAAAUGUCAUUUUGAUGAACCAGUAAGAUUUCCAAGUGGGCUGGGGAAAAAUAAGAAAUAUUAUGCCAAGAUGUCUCAGUGUCUUAGCUUUUGAAGGAAAAUCUUUUCUCUGUUUCUGAGUUGAAAGCAAAAAGGAACAGCCUUGAUAGCAAAAUCUUUGUUCUUUUGAGUUUGUAAAUGCCCCGAAGAACCUAGUCCCAUCUGACAAUGUGCUUUUUCUUUUACCAGAUUUUUGACAAUGUCACAUUCAUUUGAAACUACUAAAGUGUGUCUUUAUGAAUCUAGGGAUUUUCAAUUUUAGAUCAUGGUAACGAUUAUGCAAUUAUGCUUUUACAAAAGACCGGGGUCUGAGGAACACAUGGCCUUGUUUUACUUCAGUGAUGAUUGUAUGUUUGUAGGUUUGAUGGCAUUUCAAAUCAAAUCAGCGUUUACAUUGGGAGGCCUUAUCACAUGUUUUGUCUCUGUCAGAAUGUGUCCUAGGAAGUGAUGCUGUUGCUUGCACUCCAUUUAUGUUCUUAUUGCCAAGGAAGGGACAACACACACAUAGGUACAUAGUGAGUGUAGAUUUUGGGGUGAACAGUGUUAGCCAAGGCUAGUUUAAUACUGGCUGACAAUACACACACACAGACACACACACACAAACACUCACACACAGUACGUUUUUAUGUUUAAUCAGUAUAUUAUUGUAGAAGUUUGUCUCUUCUAUGUUGAAUGGCUUUUGUAGGGAAGUUUAUUUGUUUAUUUCUAGGUUAUGUUCUCUCUCAUGUUGUAUUUUAUUCAAUACCUUUCUGUACAUUAUUGUUUUUAGUUUUGUUUCAUGCAAAAAAGAUAUUUCAGCAACAUAUUUUGACAGCCAAGAAAAGUUUGUUACACAGCUAAACUUGAAGAAUAGUGAUGACUAUGAUGAUGAUGAUAAUAAUAAAUAAUAAAAGUUAUAACAAACAUUCUCAAAACAAA